GUUUAGAAGAGAACGAUUGCUGUUCCGCACAAGCUCGGACUACUCUGAUGCGCGCAAGGACGGUUGGAGCUCGAACUGAUUUGAGUGCAGCUCUCCGCAUCCUUUCUUUCUUGCGCAUUCGGGAACGGCUGUGGUAAAUGAUGCGAGCCGCCCCCAACUCGCCUCCCCCGUGUGUUGAAAGCUGUGCGGCAGCGACAGCGGCAGAAGCCAAGUCGGGGUCAGUGUGUAGGCUAUUUGAUUUAGUGUUUCAUGGAGCCUGUAUAAUCGAACUUUAUUUUCCUUUUUAAUUUACGGUCGAUAUCGGUGUGUCUGUUAUUCGACAAGCUGUGUUCUUGUACUCGUGCUGAUAACUAUAUGUGUCAAAGACUUUGGAAAGAUACAGUAGCCUACUUUAAAAGUGUGUCGCCCAUCGCAGAGUAUGGGCUAAUUGCUGCUAGUAGGGACUCGUGCGUUAAGCACCGGGAAGUCUUUGUGGCUCUCCAUAGACACUGACUACUGAAGGCGUAUUGAAAAGAAAGACCACAGGGGUUACUAUGAAUCAUGUCUCGGGAACAUGUGUGUCCAUGGGAUUUGGUCAAACGAUACUCAAGAAAAAAAAGGAAAGCUGGCUUGUUGUCAGAGGGCCAUAGACUCAAAUAUAAAAUAUUUACCCGUUCAACUGCCAUCAACUAAAGCGCCAACGAAUGUUUAAUAACAGAAUAUCACUUCAAGUUUGAGUGUUGAUGCUUCGUCGUUGAAGAUUAUUUUUCAACCGUGGUGUCCUCUCCAGGCUCUCCCCUCCUCCGCAUAGCCCACGGUGACGGUGGUGGUAGCUAUGCUGCAUGGGACACAACAGUCUUCGGGACAGCUUAGUAUAGCAUGAUCUCAGCAGUGAUCCACAGAUCCGAUGCAAUGUGCUGCCAGUGUCUGUUCUCGACUAUAGCUCUCUCAUUAGGACCGCAGCUCCGCGUUAUACCCGCAUCAGAUAACCUGUCAUGGGAAGAUAGAUUGAGGAGUUGAAUAGGCGAAGAGAAAGAGGAAACAAAAUGACCGAGAUGCGCCCGCAGGAAAUCGCAAUGACUUCUUUCUAUGUGUAGUAACUCGACCGUGUCAAAUGGUAGUGACAGAAAGUGAUAUAAUAGCCCACCGGGGAUGAGCGGUUUGGUGCAGCAACCCAGCGGAGGAUACUGACUGCAUAUCCGGUCCUAUAGCUUGCACAGUGGUCAAGGGGAAGAGGAAUAGCCGAACAUAUGAUUAGAUUCACUUUGUUGCAUUACCACUAAAGAUAAUUCGAUUGUUUUGGGAUUAGGGGUUGAUGGGUAGCCUAUUGCACUGAUGUGGUAUGCUGGGGAUACCGCCAAAAAAGUAAUCGGUCCCAAACGAAGGAAUAACGAAAGGUUCUAUCUGUUUGGCUGUUUGGCGUAUCCACAAUUGGGGUUGGUUCUUCUCGGUUGUCCUGCUUAGCCUAUAUAAUUGAUGAAAAGGGAGACUGGCUUCUGUAAAUGUCCUAUAACGUUUUUGAAAUACGCUCUGAGCCCUUGCAAUAUCCUUUGAGAUUUUCUAAGAAGUCUAAAGUGGGGCCAUAAAGUUAUUGGAUGCUCUGUCCAACGCGGGGCGGGUCGCUGUCCGUCGCGCUAGUGGUGCUGAAGUCUGGAUAAUGCCUGGCCAGCGACUGCAAGGCUGCCGCUCCCUCCACAUAAACGAAGACAACGGCCGCUUCUUGCUGCUCGCGGUCUUGAUUAUUCUGUAUCUGCUGUGCGGUGCCGCAGUGUUUUCCGUUAUAGAGCGGCCUUCGGAGGUGCAGGCGCAUGACAGAUGGAACAGGACACUUUUCAACUUCAGCGAGACGUUCAACAUCAGCUUGGAGGAUCUGAACUCUUUUCUACGGGAGUACGAGACAGCUAUUGCCGCGGGGAUCCGAGCUGACGCUCUCAGGCCGCGAUGGGAUUUUACAGGGGCUUUUUACUUUGUUGGGACUGUGGUGUCAACUAUUGGUUUCGGGAUGUCCACUCCGGUGACAGUAGCAGGGAAGGUGUUCCUGAUCUUCUAUGGCCUCCUUGGCUGUGCCGCCACCAUCUUGUUCUUUAACCUCUUCCUGGAACGCAUUAUCACCCUCCUGGCCGUGGUCAUGAAGGCCGUGAGGGAACGGCGCAUCCGGAACUCCGGCCUCCUCCCGCCGGGUAUCCGCCAUGACUUCUCGGCGUGUUCUUUCCCGGGGUGGAAGCCGUCUGUCUACCACGUCAUGUUGAUCCUGGGGCUGUCUGCCAUCAUCAUCUCCUGCUGCGCCUCAGCCAUGUACACCCCUGUGGAGGGAUGGGCCUACCUGGACUCACUCUACUUCUGUUUCGUCACAUUUAGCACCAUUGGCUUUGGGGACCUAGUGUCAAGCCAGAGAGCGGACUAUGAGUACCAGCCGCUGUACCGUCUGGCUAACUGCCUGUUCAUCCUCAUGGGCGUGUGCUGCAUCUACUCUCUGUUCAACGUCAUCUCCAUCGUCAUCAAACAGGUGCUCAACUGGAUGCUUCAGAACCUGUGCUGCCAGCGGUGCAACAUCAGGUCAAACUCUUUCCCGUUGGGACGCCGCAACGCCAUCCGGCCCGGGUCGAGAAUCCGUAAGGGCCGCUUCGGAAUCAGACGCCCACCGGACUCUGGGGAUUCGGGACCCUGCGACAGCGACACGGAGGGGGGAGGACGCAGACUCUCUGGAGAGAUGAUUUCAAUGAAGGACCUGACGGCCUCGAAUAAGGUCUCACUGGCACUCAUGCAGAAGCAGUUAUCAGAGUCCGCUAACGGUUAUCCCAGGACGGUGUGUGGUGGCUCGAGACAUAACGGGUUCUCUGGAGGAGUGGGCGCUCUGGGGAUCAUGAACAACAGACUGGCAGAGACCAGCAACUCCAGGUAGACCUGUGUAGUGUUUCUCAACUUCUGGUCCAUGGACAGGCGCUGGUCUGUGAGAUGUGGACUUUCGGUCGGUGAGAUGAUUGACUGACUUAAUGUUUGCAGUCCCCCACAGAGUAAAGACCAUAGCUUGUCAGUCUCUGACACACGAGAGACCUGCUGGUCUCUCAGAUAAUAAAAAGGUUGGUAUGAAAGGUUGAGAAACACUGGAGUAGAUGCCUGCAGGGUGGUAGAGAAUGUGCUUGAGGAGACUGAGACUGAUGGGGAGAAAAACUGAGAGGAGUUUUAUGGUCUUAUGUGAUUAACUUUAUUUGCUAUCACUCUUGUCAUGCUUGAUUAUGUCUUGUUGUUCAAUGGAAGAGCAUAAUGAUAUGCAUGAAACUGUUGGACAUUUUUGGGGAUGGAAUCAACAUCCUGUGAUGAUGAUGAUGAUGAUGAUGAUGAUGAUGAUGAUGAUGAUGAUGAUGAUGAUGAUGAUGAUGAUGAUGAUGAUGAUGAUGAUGAUGAUGGGACAGUUGGAAUGAUACUAUGGGAAAGAAAGGAACCUUCUUGUAACUGUGCUUUUGAAGGUCAAAACACUUGAGACAACCAUGGAAGGAAUUAGUAUAACAUGAGGCCAUAAGCCGACAUAUUGCUCUCUUUGACUCGAAGCCAGAAAGAACAUUUUCACUGAUAUACCUUUGGCAAUCUUCAAAAGAAUUAGUUAGCCAUACCUGAGUAAAUCUCUGAGGCAGUGAGUAUCAAACGUCUCCGAAGAAUUAGUUUGCCAUAUGUAGCAAACGUCUCAGAUAAGACGUGCUGAUCUAGUAUCAGUUUAGCCUUUUAGAUCAAAAUGAAUACAAUGAACAGGAGGGACCUGAUUCUAGAUCAGCACUCCUUCUCCAAGAUGCGUGAUACAUACUGCCCCAGAUCAAUGUGACUUCUACAGCAUACUGUACUGGAAGAGGCAACUCUGUGCGAUCAUUACGACAUUAUCAUCAUCAUCGCUUUGGAGCUUUUUCACUAAGUAUGUCAUUUAUAAGUAGAUUUGAAUGUAUAGGUUGAGUUGGUACUGUACCUAUCAUUUCAACACAAAGAUAACUACAGUAUGAUAUAGUACAUAUAUAGCUAUGCAUUCCAUGUCUCAUUGUGAAGAACAAUAGGAACUCAUCAACAUAUCAGAUCCAUUUACAGACCAGAUUUACAGGCCUGAAGUAUGGAAGCUGAACCAUAGAGAGCAUAACGUGACCUUAGUGACAAACCUAGUCUCUAUCAUAGAAAUAAAAUGACUAGAAUGAACAUUCAAGCCAUUCAUGUCAAUGCUCUGUGAUGUAUGGACCGGCAACCAUAUUGAUUGUGCCUAUGCGAGGAAGCACAAGCAACAAGUCAUAAUAUUACAAUGGUCUCCACCAAUCAUCUUGUACUAGUCUAAUCUUAAGCUCAGGUGACUGAUUAUUAUGGGGGAAGAGGAGACUGGUUCAGCACGUCCCAAAUCGCUUGAAAGGUGGAAGCAAUAUGGUGGAAGCUCCAACACUAUACUGCUUAUACCUGCCCAGACCCUUCGGAUAGAUCUGCAAAUGUUGAGGGGUUAGGGACAAGGGGGAAAGGUAAGAACAUAAUUCAGACUGGCUGGUGUUGUAUCGGGUUGAUGCUACUGCUGUAGUGUGUGAUGUAGCCUGCAACCACAGCUCAGUUAUGUCAGUCAGUUCAGUGAGCUCCUAGUUAGAUAUUCAGCACUGAGCCUGACUGCAGGGCUUCAAACAGUCAUUUCCUAUUUCUCAAGAUGGACGAGUGCAGAGAAGAGAGAGAGGGAGAGAGCGAGGGAGAGGUGGGAGAGGGAGAGAGCGAGGGAGAUGGGGGAGAGGAAGGGAAUGAAAGUCGAGGGCCUCCUAGGAAGGUAACUAGGGUUCUUAUCAGCUCAGAACAUGUUUUAGGGCAGAGAGUGUUUGACUUACUUUAUGGGUGUAUGCCGGCUAAAACUACUCUUCUCUUCUCCUUUUCUUUCCUCCUCUUCUCCUCUUCUCCUCUCCUCUUCUCCUCCUCUCUUCUCCUUCUCUCUUGUUCUCUUCUCCUCUUCUUCUCUCCUCCUCUCCUCCUCUCCUCUCCUCUUCAUUUCUCCUCUUCUUCUCUCCUCCUCUCCUCCCCCCUCUUCUCCUCUUUCUCCUCUUCUCCUCUUCUCCUCUUCCUCUCUUCCUCUCUUCUCCUCUUCCUCUCUUCCUCUCUUCCUCUCUUCCUCUCUUCCUCUCUUCUAUUCUUCUCUUCUCAUCUCCUCUCCUCUCUCAACUGAACUAAAUCUGCCUGUAAGAAAAAUAAAACAGGAAAAUGAGCAAAAGAUAAAAAAGUGUGCAAAAAUGAACAUGAAAAAAUAUGUAUUUCUAUAAAAGGACUAAUGAAGAGGAGGUUGAUAGCCAGACAAGGGUAUAGCUUGGUGAAUAAGGGGAUCGUAUACACGUGCUUGACAUGUUAAAUAGAGCAAAUUUGGGAGAAGGAGAGUCAAUUGAAGACAUUAAAACGAGUUUCCCUUGUAGCCUUUCAUCUCAAAGGAUUCUCACACUUGACUGUCAUUGAUUCUCCUCGUUACAGAUUUGCAAGUUUUGAGAGUGAGAGAGAGAGUCCUUGAAAGAGAGAAUAACAGUCCUGCAGGCAUGCAUGUAGAAUGAAAAGGUAAAUAGAUAAAUAGAGAUGGAAAAAUCGAGCGAAAAACAAAGGGAGAGAAAGUGAAAGAGAGAGAGAAAGAAAGAAAGAAAGAAAGAAAG